UCCCAAGGUCCAAACCCUAAUUCAUCUUCUUCAUCGUCACUUUCAUCUCUGCAACUAUGGCUAACCCUAAGGUUUUUUUUGACAUGGCCAUCGCCGGUCAGCCUGUCGGCCGUAUCGUGUUUGAGCUCUACGCCGACGUGACUCCCCGCACCGCCGAGAACUUCCGUGCUCUCUGCACAGGCGAGAAGGGAGUCGGCCGCAGCGGCAAGCCUCUCCACUUCAAGGGCUCGUCUUUCCACCGUGUGAUCCCUAACUUCAUGUGCCAGGGAGGUGACUUCACUGCCGGAAACGGCACCGGCGGUGAGUCGAUCUACGGCGCCAAGUUCGCCGAUGAGAACUUCGUGAAGAAGCACACCGGUCCUGGUAUCCUCUCGAUGGCGAACGCGGGUCCUGGAACCAACGGAUCUCAGUUCUUCAUCUGCACGGCUAAGACCGAAUGGCUCGACGGGAAGCACGUGGUGUUUGGACAGGUCGUUGACGGAAUGAACGUGGUGAAGGAGAUCGAGAAGGUUGGAUCCAGCUCCGGCAAGACCUCCAGGCCAGUCACCAUCGCCGACUGCGGUCAACUCUCUUAGAUAGACGGUGUUGACCCGAGGCUUUUAUAUGUGCUGGUGGCUCUGAGUCUGUGUUGUGUUUCCCGGUGUCGUUUUACCUUUUCUCUUGUCGUUUAGGGAUUGUGGUGUUAUGAUGGAAAACCCUUCCCUUUGAAUCCUUUUAUUUUCUGUCUAAUAUCCGUAUGUGGUUCAUAGAGUGAAUGGAGUCUGUUAUCAGAAACAUAAAAAUGAUGAGCUACCUCAAUAAAACUUAGGAAAUUUCGCAUCGCA